UAUACUUGAUGUCUAUGCCUAUUUAAGUUAUUAUGAGGUGGGGCAAAAAACUAAUUUGGAUAAGAAAAACUUGUUUUUAAUAUUAAUGGAUUAAUGUACAUUUGACUUUGUUAGGUGCCAAAGUAGAGUUUGUACCUUAUACUUGAUGUCUAUGCCUAUUUAAGUUAUUAUAAGGUGGGACAAAAAAUAAUUUCGAUAAGAAAAACUUGUUUUUAAUAUUAAUGGAUUAAUGUACAUUUGACUUUGUUGGACAACGAUUAAUAAUACAAUUCAUUUUUCUUUAAAUAAAAUUCGAAUUAGAACACGUUUGAUGUUUUUUAUGACUUAUGGAAAAACUAAACUAAAUACUCUUACUUUUAUGGAAGUGAUUGGAUGAGAGCUCCAAACUAAAGAUUAUAGCCAUAGCUACAUUACAGAGAAAAUAUAAAAGUUUGACAUAUGCUAUGAAAUGUUGGUUUCGGACCUUUUGGUAACUCAUUUUUCGUCUUCGUUUUUUCAUAUUUAUAGCCACCAGGUGUGACUGCUUCAGGCCUAUAGCUGCCUUUCAUGACCCCUCGUCUCAUCUUGGUGCCUAGCACCUUGGUUAUUAACUAUCGACUUGGUGCUGAGUUGAACUUCAUUCAGAUCUUGACGCCUUGCCUAGACUAGACGGGGUUGAAACCUCGUCAUCUUGCCUUCAAGAUGAAGUCUUGUUCACAUUGUCCCCUGCCAGUGAGCUCAUUGGCAGCCUUAAAAGCCAUACUACUUGUAUUUCUGGCCAUUUGAACAAAACUAUAUUUCUCGCAUGGGCUCACUAUCCAUCUUCAUGGGACGAUAACCUAACCUCUUUCAUGCUUAAGUACCUAACCUUCCAAUGCAUCACAUUUUUGUAUUGGUACCACACACAUCUUCUCAGCUUGGUACCUACCAACAAUCCACACUUAGCCUUGAAGACCUCAUCAUGAUGCAUCUCCUUGGUUUGGUACUUUGCUCGUCUCGCUUGUACCUUGUUGGACUUGACACCAAACUCGUCUCGUCGACUUGUCACUAAUACCGUCUUGUUGCCUUGCUACCUUGCCCGGCUUGAUUGUUUGAUAUCUCUUACGCCUCGCCACUAAGCCCACAUAGUCAGCUUGAUACAUUGUUCUCCCUUACGUUUUGCCACAAAAGCCCGACUCGUCAGAUUUGUAUAUUAUUGGCACCUCCAUAAAAGCCUGUCUUGUCGGUUUUGUACCAUGUCUAACAAGUCUCCACCAUCCGUGUUUCCAUUCUUAGUCUGAGACGCCAUGUUUCUUACCAUCGGUCGUGUCAUAUAACCACAUUGCUAGUUGAGUAAUUUACUAUGCAGGCUUGCCAUGAAACCCAAAAACUAAACAUUCAAGCCCCAGUUGUAUCCAUUAAUUCAUUAUAAAGUUGACAUGGCCUUAUAAAGCCAAUAAGGCGGCAGAGUCGAGAAAAACUUUGCCAAACAAUCCCUAAUGCGACCAAUCAUAUGAACCAAGCCCAUUAGAUUGUUGGCCCAUAAGUCCAGCCCAACUUAAAAAUGACCUUUCGCAGAAAAUCACUAGCGUAUCAACAGCAACGUCGUCGUUUCAAACUACCCACUGCCUUGAGCUUUCGAUCGUCUUCCCCCGAGUGGCGGCGGCGACCCCUUUUCUCCGUUUCUCGCACCGCCCCCCACUGCCUCUUAAGUUACCUCCGCCUCCGCCUUCGCCUUCCGCCGGCUUUAGUUUUUUCCCCCUACUCUUCCCCGAUAGAAAUCAAUAUUUUCUACAAUUUUGCUUCCUUGGUCCCUUCCCUACCGGCGACCAAUGGAGGCAGUUGCAGCACCAAUCCCGGAUUCCGGCGGUGCCGUACUUGACCACAACCCUAACCCGGCCGAAGUCGAGGUUUUGACGCUCCGCGUCGACGAAGUUGUUGAGAAAGUCGAUAAGCUGGAGGAGAAGGUGAACGAGGUUGAACAAUUCUACACCAACUUGAGCAAGAAGCAGCAGCAAACGGGUUCGAAAGGGAGCUCGGCGGUGAAGGAGAAAGAGAAGCAGGUUCUUAGCAUGAGGAAGCAGCAGCAAGAUGCUUCCAGGCGUGAAGCGGCGGCUGCUAAGAGAAUGCAGGAGCUUAUGCGACAAUUUGGAACUGUUCUUAAGCAGCUGACCAUGCACAAAUGGGCAUGGCCUUUUAUGCAUCCAGUGGAUGUGAAAGGUCUUGGCUUACAUGACUACUUUGAGGUUAUUGACAAGCCGAUGGACUUCAGUACGAUAAAAAAUCAGAUGGAGGCCAAGGAUGGUACUGGUUAUAAGAAUGUCAGGGAGAUAUGUGCUGAUGUGAGGUUAAUAUUCAAGAAUGCAAUGAAAUAUAACGAAGAAGGGAGUGAUGUUAAUUUUAUGGCAAGAACUUUGAUGGUCAAGUUUGAAGAGAAAUGGUUGCAAUUUCUUCCAAAAGUCACUGAAGAGGAGAGAAGAAGAGAAGAGGAGGAAGCUGAGGCUCAGUUGGACAUGCAGCUCGCCCAGGAGGCUGCUCAUGCUAAAAUCACAAAAGAUUUGAGCAAUGAGCUUUAUGAUCUUGAUAUGCAUCUUGAGGAGCUUAGAGAAAUGGUUGUUCAAAACUGCAGAAAAUGGUCCACUGAAGAUAAAAGAAAGCUAGGGGCAGCCCUAACAAGAUUGUCUCCUGAAGAUCUCACAAAAGCGCUUGAGAUAGUUGCUCAAAAUAACCCAGGCUUCCAAUCAACAGCCGAGGAAGUGGACCUGGACAUCGAUGCACAGAGCGAAUCUACACUGUGGAGGCUGAAGUUCUUUGUGAGGGAUGCUCUUGAAGCACAAAGUAAAACUGCACCUGCUAGCACCGGUGGAAAUACCAACGACGACAAGAACGUCAACAAUAACAAUGUCACCAGCAACAACCAUAAGCGUAAAAGAGAGAUUUGUGAUGCCAUUGCCAUUGCUAAAACCGCGAAGAAGAGGAGCAAGAAGCCUUCUUGAUGGUGGCUAGGACAGCUUUUCAGUUUUCAGCCAUUUGUACAGACAGAGAGGAGGUGGUUGAAGAAGGAGGACAAAAGCAAGGAACCAGAGGUGUGUCUUUCGUGCGUAACGUUCACUGUUUUUUCACUCUUUUCUGUCUUCGAUAGAUUUGCUAGGAUGUAACAUAGAAGGGACUCGGUUGUCGGAGUUGCAACUUCCAACUGAUUGAUUCUUUUUCUUUCUAAGAUAAAAGGGUAGCUUUUCACACUUUCACUGCGAAAGAAAUGGUUCUGCGAAUAUAUAAAAAGGAAGGAAGCACGAAUCCUUCCCUCUGGUUUUGGGUUUGUCCAGCCUACCAAUCUGGGCGUUUGACUUUUGAGUUGUGUCUAUUUUCUUUCUAUCGUUGGUUAUUUCUAUUCAUUAUUCCAAUAACUCGAGUUAUAGAACCCAACUAGUUCUCGACAUGUUAUUACAGUGUAUGCAUACACUGUGAGGUCUUUUUAUUGGGAUCAUGAUGACCUCAUUUCUUACCACAUAUUUAAAUCUAUGCAAAACUUAUAUGAGUUGACUUUUGCUUACUGUUUCUAAUAUUUGUAACCUCAAAGUUCUUUUUUAGCAAAAAUGCAACUCCUACUUAUAACAUAGAAAAUUUUAUUAAUAUUAUCGUAUUGUUUUGUGGAAUCAAUGUACGGUUGAACAAAUUGAAAAAAGAAAACCCACUAAGGGGUCGAUUACUGUACAUCAAGACUACUUUUACUGUCCAUCAUGACUCAUUGACACUGUUUCAACUUGGAUGGGGCUUGGGUGUGGGCGUGUGCAGGUGGGGACUAUUUGGUUUCGGACGGAAUUAGGCGAAUUGGUUGCUUUUGGACUAUGGUUAGUCUUCUGAUUGCGAGACCUCUCUGUACUCUCACUCGCGUUGAUCGCUUGGCAACAACUUGACCCUAGAGUUCUGCAACCAAAUAUAUUGCUUUAUUCCACUUGGGGUUCAGAUUUCUGACACUAUGCACGUCACUCAUGAAAAAAGCUGAGGGGAUUUUUGCUUUUGGUGGAGUUAUUGAGGUUGUAUUUGACGCAGUGAGAGACUGGUUGAUGUGCUAUCUCCCAGGUCGGCAAAGAUUUUUCAUUGGCUACAGGUGGCCUGACGUGGCGCGAUUAUCUAUUGCUUUUCAUCAUCACAUCUCAGGAGAGAGAGAGACGGUGAGGUUGGGAGAAGAGUUCCACUUAGCUGGAGGUGAGAGACGACAUAUAAGAGCCAAUUCAUUUAGUUACGUUUGUUAGCAUUUUGCCCCAUUCUUCCUUUCGAUUUCUCCAUCUUUUCUCUCUACAAUCACCAUGAACGUCAAUUCUCGCUGGACUUGCUCAUAAUCUCUGAGUCUCAAGGCAGAUAAACUUUUUUGGUGAUUUCUCAAUUUCCUGGGUUUUAUAUGCAGCAUGUCCAGAUCGAGAUGGUGGGGAAGAGAUGCACAACUUCGUAUUCUUAUCCAACUAUGUUACCAGUUUGUGGUUGUAGCCCUUGACCUCGGUUUGGCGGCAGCGGAGACGUUCAAGUCGAGAUCCACAAAUUCUCUUUUUGGUUAAAGGUGCAUGUUCUCUCUCUCGGCAGUUUUUGUUUUGGUUUCGGGUGAUUCAUUACUUAUGCAUUCUUUCUCAUUAGUUUAUUUUCUCUGUUUUCUCAAGUACAGGCGAUUCGGUUUUGGAAGGGAUUUAUGCGGUCGGGGUGGUUGUUGGUUCUAAUUCAAGCCAGCAGAAACAAGAAAUAGGUUAAGUUGGAUGGGUUUUUGAUGAUGAGGAACAAACAGCUCAGCAGGUUAUUAUCUCUCAAUCUCAGUCCUGUGGUGCUUUUGUUUAGUCUCUUUUUUGUUACUGAUGUUGUAGCAAACUGUCAGUUCCUCCCUUAAAUUUUCUGCUUUACUAAUUCGAUGACUGGGUGCAGAACGAUGAAUGGACGAACGUUUCUCAAGUCUUGGACUUUGGUGGAUCAAAUUCGACUUGGGGAUUUUUCUUCGAAAGUCCCACGUUGGCCAGGUGACUUAUGAGAAGUGUACUUUUCUUUCUUUUCUCUGUUACAAACUUACAAUGGAAUAAUGAUCCUUAUUUUCUUUUAAUUUACUUACAGGGAAUUUUGAUAAGAGCUGCAUCCUUUAAUUUACAACAAUGGAAGCACGAAAGACAGAUGAUUUUCUGUGUUAUGAAGGGGAAGGCUGGUGAUUUCAGCUCUGGGUUGUUCGUAUUGCGGGUGUGUGGGGUUCAAAGUGUUUUUGGAUUAUUUCAGUGAUCUUUUAUGUGCUAUUGGCUUCGUCUUAUUCCCGUUCACAGUCUGUCUAAGGGAAAGCGAAUUGAAGGAGCUCAACUGAGAUGCAGCUAUCUCUAACUCUCGGUUGUUAGUAAGAUCGAAAGCCAGAGAUCAUCAACUCUGAUGCAUCUUGCAGUAUAUCUAUAUUUUAAGUUAUAUCAUGUAUCUUCAAUUUUUCAUCAUACGUGUUUUGUCAUUUGCUAACACAAGAAAAUUGGGUGUAGUCGAAAAUUGGAUCGCUCAAGAAAGUGGGUUAAAGUGUUCUUAUUUAGAAAGUGGGUUAAAGUGUUCUUAUUUGUAGCGAAAGAAAGUAGGUACUUGGUGAUAUUUUUACUUUGUUGUGUAAAAUUUCCUUAACAUAGUAAUUACGUGUUUUGUUUGGCCACUGGCCUGUAAGAUGACAUAUUUAUGGUUAAUGGUUCGCAUCUUUCAUAAUUGUGUUGUUAUGGUACUUCUAUAAUUCUCCUCUACAGACUAGAGUAACCUUUCGAGGACAUCCGAUAACUCUACUAUGUGCUCAUGAAAGUUUAUACAACAUAAAUCUAAAUUUUCGUACCAGUCCCGACGAGGAGCGCGGGCAAUAAAACUAGUUAGAUAAAUAAAUCAGUCCAUUUUGGAUGUUACACCGACACUAAGAUUCCUGAAUAGAAAUAGAAAAUGAAGAGAUAAGAGAAGCAUUAGUCUCUUUCUUUUUUAUUGAAUAGAUUAGUAUUAGCCUG